UCAGUGGGCAGCGCGGCGGGCUGAUCAACUGCCUUCCUCCGCCGGGACAACUAAACAUGGAGUCGGGGGGCUAUAAAUGCGAGACAAACAUCUUCCCAAACAUACAGGCCUAUGGACUGAUGGAACGCACGAGAUCUUAAACGGACACAACUCAGGCUUAAAUAUGAAGGAGGUUACGCGACAUGUUGUUUUCUUGUUGACUUUCCUGAUGGGCAGCUCCGGCGGGAUAGAGCUGAAUAGCGGAUACUGCCUCGGGACUCAGUGUUUCUCUGUGUCCGGGGAUCCCAGCGACUUCACCACCGCGAGAGACCAAUGCAGAGAUCGAGGCGGGCAUUUAAUGACGGUGCGCUCCUCUGUGUCCCAAGAUAUUCUGAAUAUUCUGCUGGGGAACAUCACGGGGCGGUUCUGGAUCGGGUUACAUCUCCCGGCCGGCUGCCCGGACCCUGCUGCGGAUCUGAGAGGCUUCCAGUGGGUCACCAAAGACAGCGAGAGUGACUUUCUCCACUGGGCUCAGAGUUUUGACAGCAGCUGCUCCGCUCAUGCCUGCGUGUCAGUUUCCAAAGAGGACGACUUUAAAUGGACCCAGGAGCCAUGCGCGGAACAUGCGGCUGGGUUCCUCUGCGAGUACAGCUUCAGUGACCCGUGCAGAGGGCUGGCUGCUGCAGAGGGCGAGUCUGUCCUCUACACCACCCCGAUGGGGUUUAUGGGAGAGGAUUUGCUGUCUUUGCCUCUCGGCAGCACCGCUGUACUAAUGCCGGCUGAGACUAACUAUGUCUGCUUCAACGAGGAGUGGAUCCAGGCGCCGUGGAGCUGCGAGAUACACGAAGGUGGGUGUGAGCACAAAUGCACCGUGAAUCCUAACCACGAGUCCACGUGCUACUGCCCGCCGGGUCAAACCGUGAACCCCGCAAAUAAUGUCACCUGCGAGGUGAUGGUGGACGACCCGUGCCUGCCGCUGCGGUGCGCGCACGCAUGCAUCAAGAACGGAGACUCCUACGAGUGCACGUGUGAGCAAGGGUACAAGCUGGCUCAGGACGGCAGGUCGUGCGUGGACCUCAACGACUGCAGGGAUGAGAGGCAGUGUCCCGGGGAGAACUUCGUGUGCAUCAACCUCAUCGGAGGGUUCCAGUGCGUCUGCAUGGAUGGAUACGCGCCGAUCGGAGACCAGUGCGUCGACGUGGACGAGUGCGCGUCCGCUCCGUGUGAGCACCUGUGCGACAACACUCUCGGGAGCUACGCGUGCUCGUGCUAUGAUGGAUAUAGAGCAGACCCAAAGUCGAUGCAUAAGUGUAAACUGCACUGCGGGGUGGAGGAGUGCCCCGCGGAGUGCGACCCCAAUGACAAGUUCCAGUGUUACUGCCCCGAGGGGUACAUCUCGGAGGAGAGGGGCGAGCACACGGUGUGCAUAGACAUGGACGAGUGCGAGAACUUAUAUUGUAAUCAAGCUUGUAAAAACACAUUUGGCAGCUAUGUGUGCUCGUGCUAUCCGGGGUACACGCUGUUUGAUGAGUACACGUGCGUAAAAUACGAAGAUGGCACCGAUGGAGGCUCUGGAGAGGGCACGACUCCGAGCAUCCCCACAGCUCCACCCGUGCCCCAUCCAGACCCCACCAGGCAGCCCUCCGCGGUGACAGUGGGGGGGCUCGUGGGGAUUAUAGUGUGCACUGUGUUCUUCAUCGUGCUUGUGGUGUUCCUGGCGCACCACACGCUCAGCGGCAAAGGGAAGCUGGAGAGCAACGGGGACAUGAAAGCUGCGGAGGAAGAGGCGCACGGUUUACAGACAGUGGCGAGUGAUGCUUAAAGAAGGAGACAAGUGAAGCGAGACAUGUGAAUGUACAGGUCAACCCUCCGAAACAAUGCAGAGACACUUUUGGAUACCAUUUGAAUGAUGUAGAUUUAUCAGGACACAGAAGAGGCCACUAUUUAUUUCAGGACUAGGGCUGCACAAUUUGAAAAGAAAUAGCUAAUUGCAAUUAUUUUGGAUGGCAUUGCAAUUGGCAGUAUGACCAUAUUUUAAACAUUAUCCAAAUGAUCAUUGACAAACAUAGUAAAUUGAGGAUCUAUUCCAAGCAAGGAUAUUUUUUUUAAUCAAUUCUAUCAAAUAAACGCUUGUAACCCGGGAAUAUACUUACUUCAUUCAGACAUUUUUACAUAUUUUGCCUUUACCAAAUAUUGGCUUUCUGAGAUGUGGAUAUUGCAUAGAACUAUUUUGAUUUCGUUUACAUUUUUGAAUAACUAUCCAGCCCAUUCAGGACAGAUGUUUUCUUGGAAGACUGGUUUUAUAGCCUUCCAUUCAACGCACAUGCACCAGAUGCAAUGUAACACAACAUGAUGAAGUACUCCGUUUUAUUUUUGAGUUUGUGCAAAUAUUAAAUUAUAAAAAGGUAAAUAAAGGAGGUGUCUCUUUU